AUGAAAAAACUCUAUGGACCCAGUGUUCAAUCAUGGUUCUCCUAAGCUCUAGAUUUUAUCACUAGAAGAUAAGAGUAAAGACAAUCUCAUAGAAGAAGAGAUUAUGAUGAUGAUGAGGAUGAGGAUGAUGAUUACAAGCCAAAGACUCCUCAAGAUAGAUAAAUGGAAUAAUUAGACUAAUUAAAAGAAAUCUAUGGUAUUGAGGAUCCAUUUAAGUAAACUCACCACAACAAGCCAGUUCACCAUAAAUAAGAAACUGAUUAAAAUUAAGAUUCAGAAACUGAUUCAGAUAUGAAGCCAAUGACUCCUUCUGAGAAGACUUAGAUGUUCUCAAAUGCUCUUAACAAGAUUUAUGGAGUGAAGCCAGACUAAAAGCCAUACAAACCAGUAGAUUAGGAGACUUUCUAAAAGCAGCAAUCAGCUUUCAAGCACAAUGCUUACAAAAAGACCUUGGAAAAGAUCUAUGGUAAGAAAAUUGACUAGGACGACAAAACUGGCAAAUAUGAUGUUGUUGACUGGGAUUCUGACUAUAAACCAAGAAGUCAUAGAAGAAACUAAACUGACACUGUCGAAUCUGAUGAUGAAGAGUGA